GGUUAGGAUCGACCACUGACGACUAGCUAGCGCGGACGCGCGACUGCGCGUUCGGGUCCGCGCUGCUUUAGUAGUACCUUUCUUUCUUCUUGAUGUUGAUUCCUCGAUUUUUACUGGUUAAUCCGACGCGAGAACAAAAAAAAAAAAAAAGCAAGUAAUCUGCAACACAGGCAGUAAACAAAAAAUAACGUAGAACAGAGUGGUGACCCGGAAGUUGUUCCUCUUCGCUUACUAUCGCAAACAGCAGCAGCUGUCUUCAACUGAAUACACAUCGUUGAUUGGUUGAAAUUACCCAAAUACGACAACUUUAACACGAAAUAACUUCUAAAAUACCAAAUUUUCUCAAAAUUGUUUACAGUAAACUGUUGUCUGCGUGAGACAUUUCACCAGUAUACGAAGUUUCAAACUGUUUAGUUAAAAAAAAAAAAAAAAUUAAAAAUCUCCUCACGUGACCUAAAACUAAAUAAUAAAAAUCCAAUGAUUCUAUCUUCGCUCAGUGAAAUAUGUCUAAAUAUUAUACCGUUUGUUAUUUACGGAAAGGACCAUACUUUCUGCUGUGUUCUGUGAACUAAAUUCUUCUUGUAUUCAGCUUAACAUCGACCUACAAUUGAUGUAGAAACAACAUUUCUUCCCCAUCAAUCGGAAGCUAAAAAUAGACAUCCACCAAUUCAAACGUAGUCGUUACUUAACUAGAAUUACACGAGGUAAUUCAACUAACUUUUCUUCGUUCAUCAAUAAGUGAAUCUUGUUUUUGUUUAAUAACUCUACUUUUUCUUGAUUUGAUCACUCACGAAUGAGCCUGGACAAUACAGCAGCAACAACUGGCUAUGUACACGACCGUCAACUCAAAUAGGAUUUACCUGUUGCUAAGCAACUGCGAAUGAUCUGUCUGGGCAGAGAGCCGAAUGUUUUCGUCCAUUAUUGUGUAGUUCAACAUUUAUAAUCCCUUCUAGUAAAGGCCCAAGGCCUGAAAUUUGUGGGGGAGGGGACAAGUUGAUUACAUCGACACCAGUGUUUCGCUGGUACUUAGUUUAUCGACCCCGAUAAACUAAGUAGUCAUUACUUAAACAAUUCCUCAUCUCUCAAAUAUAGAACUGUAAUAUCAGAUGAUGUUGGCAUAAUUACUUUUUCUUUAAUUUCAGAUGCAUUAUCAAUUUUUAUCAUUCAAAGAUUAAGGGAAGACAUCAUAAAGAACAGAUAUAAUAUCUUUUAUGUAAAUUUAUGGUUAAAUUACUGAGAGAUAUUUUCUGAGUGAAAUUAAUAACAAAAGUUAUUGUUAUUCACUGCUUGGAAUAUGUACAAUAGUAUUUUAGAUUUAAUAAGAUUUGAGGAAAUUUAGAAUAAGAUAAGGGACAUCAACAAAUAUUGAUGAAGAUAACAGUUGCAGUUAUAUAACAGCAGAAAUAUUUGUAGGAAUAUACUAUAUAAUAUAAAACAAUGUAGAAGAUAACAUGCAUAUAUUGAAGAGAGAGAAAAAAUGAUGGAAAAUAAAUUGCGUGGGAACGAGCUUAAAUGCAGAACAGAGUUUCCAAGGAAUAAUUUCCCUGGAGAAAAGCUGAACGAAUUUGGAAGAACAUCUAAGUUUGGUGAUAUCAGUGAAAAAUCAUUUUCUCAAAAAGAUAACCCAACUAAAUACAAACAUUUUCAUACCGGUAAGAAGAAAACAUAUCAGUGUGAUAUCUGUGGUAAAUCAUUUUCUGGAAGUAGUGACUUAAUUAGUCACAGAUGUAUUCAUACAGGAGAGAAACCAUAUUGCUGUAAUGAAUGCGGGAAAUCAUUUUCUAGAAAUAGUAACUUGGUUGUACACAAACGUGUUCAUACAGGAGAGAAGCCAUAUCACUGUGAUAUCUGUGGUGAAUCUUUCUCUAGAGGAAAUCACUUAACUACUCACAAACGUGUUCAUACAGGAGAAAAGCCAUUUCAUUGUGAUAUCUGUGGUAAAUCAUUUUCUCAGUCUGCUAACUUAACUACUCAUAAAUUUGUUCAUACAGGGGAGAAACUAUAUCAGUGCGAUAUUUGUGAUAAAUCAUUCUCUGUGAUAAGUCACUUAACCACUCACAAGCAUAUUCAUUCAGGAGAAAAACCAUAUCCCUGUAACAUUUGUGGUAAAUCAUUCUCUCAAAAUUAUCGAUUAACAAUACACAGACGUGUUCAUACAGGAGAAAAACCUUAUCAAUGUGAUGUCUGCGGUAAAUCAUUCUCUCAAAGUGGUGAAUUACCUACUCACAAACGUAUUCAUACAGGCGAGAAGCCAUAUCCCUGUGAUAUCUGUGGGAAAUCGUUUUCUGGAAGUAGUAACUUGGUUGUACACAAACGUAUACACAUGGGGGAGAAGCCAUAUCAUUGUGAUAUCUGUGGUGAAUCUUUCUCUAGAAGAAAUAACUUAACUACUCACAAACGUGUUCAUACAGGAGAAAAGCCAUUUCAUUGUGAUAUCUGUGGUAAAUCAUUUUCUCAGUCUGCUAACUUAACUGCUCAUAAAUUUGUUCAUACAGGGGAGAAACUAUAUCAGUGUGAUAUCUGUGAUAAAUCAUUCUCUGUGACAAGUCACUUAACCACUCACAAGCAAAUUCAUUCAGGAGAAAAACCAUAUCCCUGUAACAUUUGUGGUAAAUCAUUCUCUCAAAAUUAUCGAUUAACAAUACACAGACGUGUUCAUACAGGAGAAAAGCCUUAUCAAUGUGAUGUCUGCGGUAAAUCAUUCUCUCAAAGUGGUGAAUUAACUAAUCACAGACGUAUUCAUACAGGAGAGAAGCCAUAUCCCUGUGAUAUCUGUGGUAAAGCAUUCUCUCAGAGUGGAGAAUUAACUACACACAAGCGUAUUCAUAGUGGAGAAAAACCAUACCACUGUAAUAUCUGUGGUAAAGCAUUCUCUAGAAAUAGUCACCUAAAGAAGCACAAACUUAUUCAUACAAGAGAGCAGACGUUUGUUUGAUUUUCGUGAUAAUUCAUACUGUCGGAAAUGUCAUUUAGCAACAUAUGAAUGUAUUCACACAGGAGAAAAGCCCUAUUGCUGCCUGUGAUAUAUUAUUCUUGCUAACAAGUAGCUUGACUAGAUUGAAGUAUAUUUAAACAUGAGAGGUGCUGUAUCACUGAUAUUGGUGGUAAAUGAUUCCUUGAAAGGAAGUCCCUUCAUUCAACAGAUUUAUUCAGACAGAAGAAUAACUAUUAAUAUCAGAAGUCAUUCUAUAAAAAAAUAAUUUUUUUAAAUCAUAAAGAUUUCUUUCAGAAGAAAGAAGAUAUAAUAUCAUCACAAUAAGCUUUAAACCCUUUAUUUUAUUUGGCCAUAUCAGCAUGUGAUAACUUACCACUAUGAUAUUCUUGAAAAUCAUUCUUUGAAAAAAAAAAAAAAUACCAUCGAAUUAUUUGACAUAGUGGGUAUAUAACUGGGAAAUUUAUACUCAUAGAUCAGGGAUGACAACACUGCACAGUUAUGUUAGAAAUAAAUACACAGAUCAUGAGAGACUCUUUUAUCACACCUUAAUAUGUAUGAACUAUAUACAGUAUGAAAUAUUAUGUUGUGGACUCAUGAAGGAACUGAUUCUUUUGGAUAAUGGUUAUAUAACAUUAUCUGGUUUCUUUUAAACUUUAUUUUCCAUUCAGUUAUAAUAUUUGCAAAAAGAAAAAACUACAAAAGCUGUCUUCUGUAAAUUGGUAGGAAAGAAAUAAGUCUAAAUACAAUUGAGAAUGAAGAAGUAAAGAAGCUAUGUUUUGUGGAAUAUGAAAAGAAGAAUUCUAGCAUGGUAAAUUGUUUGCUACUGUUGUUCUGAAUAAAUAAAAAUUGCUGAAGUUUCAA